AUGAGACCCGUUGUAUCAUCCGGCAAAGCCUGGUUUUGCACUGUACUGUCUGCGUUUGGUGUGGUGAUCCUGUCAGUGAUCGCACACCUGUUCAACACCAACCACGAGAGUUUCGUCGGGUCCAUAAACGACCCUGAAGACGGCCCAGCUGUUGCCCGUACCGUUUCGCUUGCUGCCUUGGUGUACCUCCUGUUCCUUCUGUUCUGCGGGUUUCAAGCUUAUCUGUCGACCAAGAAACCGUCAAUUGAACUCCGCUAG